AUGCCAAAGGUCGCCAAGGGCGCGCGCAAGCGUGAAUUCGCCCCAAAGACAAGGACUGGAUGUAUCACCUGCAAGAUCAGACGAGUGAAAUGCGAUGAGGCCCGGCCAGCUUGCGUCCGAUGUACAUCCACUGGUAGAACCUGUGACGGGUAUCCUCACAUCUCCACGGCAGAGUCAUCAUCAUCGUUGUCGUCUUCAUCAUCCCCGGAAAGGUUGACAGUAACACUUCAUGCUGGCCCCAGUGUUCAGUUAUUUGAUACUCCACAAUCGAAGCGCUCGUUUGCGUUCUUCCGGCAGCGAACAUCUCCCCAGCUUUCAGGAUUCUUCAAGUCGGAAUUCUGGGAAAGCCUUGUGUUUCGGGUAGCUUAUCAUGAAUCUGCCAUACGGCAUGCCGUCGUGGCUCUUGGCGCAGCACAUGAAGCCUCCGAGCGCCGUUCAGCAUCGCCAAGUGCCAUCAAGACCUUUGCUGUGGAGCAAUACAAUCUCGCCAUCAAGGAGCUAUUGAUCCCUUUGGCACGGCGGGGAGAAGGAGCCGUCGAUGUGUGCCUGAUUGCAUGCAUUAUGUUUGUAAAUUUCGAGAGUUUACGGGGAUGCCACACGGCAGCAAUGGCCCAUGUAAGAUCCGGCUCCAAACUACUGCGCGAAACCGUGUACGACCAACAGACCGGUCAACUGCGCCAUUCAAUACUCGGCCCUGGAAGCCGUACCGACUCAUACGUGUUGCUGGACGUUAUUGCCAGAAUAUUCGUCUGGCUCGAUGGUGAAAGUGGCAUUACUAUCCGAGACUAUGAAUAUGCUUCUUACGAGAAAUUCUUCUCCCCAGAUGCGGACGAUUCGAGUCCCAUGUUCUCGAGCAUUGGAGAGGCCAGGAACAUAUUGGAGUAUGGCGUUUGUUACUACACAUGUAGUGGAAGCCCCCAGCUACUAGGCGACCCUUCACAAUCAACUUCUGUUGUGCAAGCUCACAAGGACUACUACGUCAGAUUACUCUCCAGGUUCACCACGAGCUUACAACACUUGGAAGAUUCCCAACCGGGUGGGUUUAGCUCCAAAGAUGAACUUGCCAUCAACGUAUUACAUCUCAAUGCAACGAGCUUUUACGUAUCUUUUCAUCUCGAUUAUCUGCCACCAGACCGCCGGGACAGGUGGCAAGACUUGAUGCCCUGCUUUGAGAGAAUGGUCGCGCUGGGAGAUAAGAUUGUCUCGGCCAUGGUGGCCGACCAUGAAUUGGGCACUGCCAGGACGUCCUUUUGUCCAGAUAUCGGAUUUGUUAUUCCUCUCUUCAACGUGGCAAGUCAGUGCCGGGACUCGAGCCUGCGCCGGCGAGCAAUCGCACUACUGCGGUCCGUCUCGCGACAAGAAGGGGUAUGGAAUAGCAUGGUUACCGCGCAGGCCGCUGAGCGCUUGAUGGAGGUAGAAGAGCAAGGAUACGUGGUGACACCUGUGCGUUGUCAAGAGACAGGGGAACUCGGGGCGCCCACGGCCUGGCCGUUGCUCAAGCUUGACGGGCUCGGAGCUCGUCUAGAGUAUAUGCGACAUGGGCACACUGACAAGAUACCUGUCAGAGUGAAUGAAAUACUGUCCACAUGGGAGCCUGCAGAGCUGCUUUCUGGACAGACGCGUUGA